UUCAGGGCAGUUCUGAAUGUGUCCUACAUCCACCGAUCCCUUAGAUAACCUCAAAAUUUCAGUUUUUGACCCGAAGUGAUCAUGUUAUCGACUAUGCACAGAUUCCUUUGGACUUUGGCCUUCAGUGUUUGCUUAGAUACGUAGUAUUUCGUUGUUUUUAUAUAGUGUGUCGUUUUUUGUGCGGUGUGGGUGUGUUGUGGUGGUAUUUGGGACGGUUUCGGCCAAUAUUCGGUUGUGUCUGGAUGGGAACAGUUGUAGGAUGUGUCGUGCAGUGCGACCGUCAUUUGUCUCCGUCUUAUGAUAGUGUUGGGUUUUGGGGCUAGUGGAUGAUUGGCAGCUGUCCUCGGUGCAUAGAAUGAGCCAAAUGGCGACAGACGACAGUAUGAGUGACGAUGUGUUUGAAGACGACACGCUGCGUGCGCCUGCGCAGUCAGCACAACGAAGCACCCCCUCCCCCACUGGGUACAGGGACUACCACCCCCCUGCUGUCACCCCUUCCCGAACACAGGAUGAUGAUGAUGUGAUUAUUCAUAAGACGAUCCUGUUGGGUGACAGUGGAGUGGGUAAAACCUCUUUGUUAGUCCAGUUCGAGACUGGAAAAUUCCAAGCUGGAAACUUCUCAGCGACUGUCGGUAUCGGAUUCACGAACAAGGUAGUGACUGUAGACGGCGUCAAAGUGAAGCUUCAGAUUUGGGACACCGCCGGCCAAGAGCGCUUCCGUAGCGUAACGCAUGCAUACUACAGAGAUGCACAUGCGUUGCUGCUCUUGUAUGACGUGACAAACAAGAUUAGUUUCGACAACAUCCGAGCGUGGCUGGGCGAGAUCCGGGAGUAUGCGCAAGAUGAUGUGGUCAUCAUGUUAUUAGGUAACAAAUCCGACAGCGGCCUAGAGAGGGCGGUGAGGCGGGAGGAGGGGCAGCGCUUAGCGAGAGAAUACCAAGUGUCGUUUAUGGAGACAUCAGCCAAAACCGGACUGAAUGUCGAAGCUGCCUUCGCCCAUGUGGCACGCUCUCUAGUAGCGAAAGCGAACCCCGUCGACCCCUCGAGGCUGGCGGUGCGCGCGCAGCCAACGCAGGAACAACGGUCUUCGUGCCCGCCAUGUUCGUAAUUCCGCGGCAAAUUCAAAUUGAGAAUGUUGAACGAUGUGGACCAAUGUUGGUGAACGAUUUCAUCAGUUGAUUAGUUGAUGCUGUGUUGAAAGGACGUAUCGUGUGUGCAUGGAAAUGGUUAUUAUAAAACGGCUAAAGUAUUGCUAUGCGUCGGACAAGGUCUAUGAAUGUGAAAUGUUAUAUAAAUUUUAUCAAAUGUAUAGUAUAAUAAAGUACCGAGUUCUAUUGUAAUUUUUGAUAAGGUACUUCGUAUAUUGUUUAUAGCUAAAUGUAUUAUGAGAACAUAAUUAAUGUUCUUACUUAUUUCCUUACUCAUUUUCCUGUUAGCCCGAGGAAGUUACCAACCUUUGAUGUUAAAAAGUCUGCUUUGUACUUUGGUCAGAAAAUGUUUGAAAGGGCUUAUAAAAUGUACUUUGAUAAAAUAUAUUUAUUGGAAUAAUAUUUACAAUUGUAGUUGCAUACUUGUCGACAAAUAAGAUAUUGUAUUGUACCUAUGGACUUGGAAAACCUAUUGUUUCUCGGAAAAUGAAGUAGAUACACCCAUACACAAGUGUGCAAGUGUGGUAACUGCAUAUUUUCUCACGGAUACUCUAUCAUGUUGUGUUAUUAGUUACUUAUAUCAAGUUUUCCAGAAUUAUAGUUAGUGCCUGGAUUAUGUGAGACUAACUGCCGUACUCAGAGACAUUUAAUGAUUACUUAAACUAUUCCUUACGGCCAUAUUCAGAGACGUUUAAUGAUUACCUACUUAAACUAUUCCUAAGUAAAGAUAGUGUUCCUAAAACAAUUGCUAAGGAAUGGGUUAAGUACUUAACCAUUAAAUAACUCUGAGUACCUACGGCUGUUACUAUCCUGCUCGUACUUUCUAAGUCAUCGAAAGAGGUGACCUAAUUUAUGUAAAGCGUGAAUAUUAUUACUUACUUAAUGACUUCAUAAAAUCGUGGUUUUCCCGAGAAAUAACCGCAGAUAUCACGUCAUUGACAAAUGAUUACCUAUACAAGCUUCAUACUACUUUCACUGUUUGUAAAUGUUCAUAAAUUAGGUCUUAAACACGGUCCAAAGUUCAGGCAAAAUGACACCUCUAACGCACAAAUCAAAUUCGACCUUAUUCUUCGCCUACGAAAGUGGAUUUUUCUAUGUUAUAAACUUAAGACAAUAGUAGAUAGAUAAUAUACUUACUGUAUGUAAUGUAACCAUAGUUUGAAUUCACUCAAUCAAUUUAUCUUCUACAGUAUAAUAGCUGCGUAUAAUCCAUAGAAUUAAAAAAAAGUUUCAUCUCACAACUACAGACACCAGCAGAUCAAACUACUCCAAUCUGUUAAUUUCUUCAUUGAAUUUCCGACUUUAUCUCCAAACAAUAAAGUUCAAAAUCCAAAGUGAUAGAAAGGAGUAGGUUGAUAUGCUGUGUAUUAAAACUAGAGUAGAAAAACUAAGUAAGGAACCCUUAUCCCUGUGAUAUCUAUUAAAUAUGUAACCUUUAUGUAUAUUUAUGUGUGUUAUACUUAUAAACCUAAGUCAACAUAUCGAAGUAAAUUACUCAAAGAGAAUCAAUCUUGGAUUUACUGAAGAGCUUUUUGUUGCAAAAGGAAAUCAGAUAUAAGAUUAUGAGGAGGUAAUAGUAAUAUUUUUAUUAUACAUUGUCAUUGAAGGGAUAAGCUUAUCAAAGAGAAUAAUAUUGCAAAGAAAAAAGAUUAUCUUACGAAUAAAGGAACAAGCCCUUCAUGUGCCAGUAUCUGGUUGCCGGUUUGUUUCGCUGCACGGAACAACUCUUGGUGUGAAUCAUAAAUUGUUGUUCCGGGUCUGGGUAUCAUUAAACUUGUAUGUUUCUAAACUUACCCACGACACAAGAGAAAACGUUAGCGCAGGGGUAAUGAAAAAAAGUAUCUACAAUAGU